AUGGCUAAAAUCAUGCAAAUCCUUUUCGUUGCCUUCUUGGCCGUAGCAUUGGUUGCUGCCGAACCAAAACGUUUCCAAGGUAGACGUAAUCGUUUCUUGGCUCGCCAAGAAGUGGAGGAACCUGUCACCCCUUACCCAACCGCUGAUGAAUUGAAACCUGUCGUACCAUUCGAUGAAGCUGUUGCCGCUGAAGGACAAACUCCAUUCACACCUGUUGCUGCUGAGGGCGAAACAUCUGUCACAACUGUUGUCGCCGAGGGUGAAACACCUGUUGUCGCUGAAGGCGAAACUCCCUUCACCCCAGUUGUUAGCGAAGGAGAAACUCCUUAUACACCCGAUGAAGUCUAUGGCCCCCCAGAAGAGGAAGUUGAAGAAGAAUAUAUUCCAACUGAAGAAGAAAUCGCCUCUGCCCGUUUAACUUCUCGUCGUGCUGUUGCCCGUAAAGCUGCAGUUCGUCCAGCUAAGUUGCGCAAACCUCUACGUGCCCGCCCAGCUAAACUGCGCUUAGCCACUCCAGCUCGUCUCCAGGUCCAACCUCAAUACGUUCCUCAACCUCUAUUCUAUUAUAUCGCCCAUUAA